AGUACUAUACUGUAUUUACUUUAAAAAUUCUGCAUGUAAGUGGACAGGUGUACAAGCCCAUAUUUUAAGGGUCAACUAUCCUACAAAUUUAACACCAAAUCUACCCAAGUUCUGGUUCUCUAUUACUAACUUGAAUACAUUGCUAAGAAUAAGUAUUUCUCUUUGGGUCUUAAAAUCUUCCUCUGUUGCCACUCUGACUUCCUGACUUGGGCUCCUGCUGGCCACUGUCUGAAGUCAUGUCUGUGCUGACGCCCCUGCUGCUGAGAGGCCUGACAGGCCUAACCCGGCAGCUCCUGGUGCUGUGGGCCCAGAUGGAUUCCAAACCGCCACAGGAGCAGCUGGGGGUCACGGAUGUCACCACUGGGCUCACCUCCUGCUUCCUGUGUUUCUUCUUGUCAUCAGGCUGGGUCCUGUCACAUCUGGAGACCUACAAGAAGCGGGAGUGAAAGGGGCUGUGCUGUCCCUCACCCUGUGAUCUGACCACCCCUGGCCUGUCCUGAUCAUGUCUGUCUUCCUGGAUCAUGUCUUUCAAUUACAGUGACCUCUUCUGCAAUCAUGACCUCUCCAUUUCUCCUCUGUGACAUCCUGGGACCAAAUAUAUUGGCCCUGCUCAGUAAGGGCCCCCUUGUAACAAUGUAGUCUAGUUAAACCUUGAAAAAAAUAUAUCUUCAUCUGUUAAAUCAAGAGCUCUGAAAGUAAGAAGUCAGGAUUUAGUUUGGAAAAUGAGGAGUCAAGGAUGAUACUUAGAUUUCUGGUUUGGGUAAGCAGAUGGGGGU